GGAACGUUAGAAACAUAUGCGUGUGUAUAUAUAUAUAUUGACAAUCCAGAAGUUCACCAUAAUUUUGGUCCGGCUACGUCUAGAAAAUCGGAGAAGUCCAUGUGAAUGGACCUCUUCAAAUGAGGACUCGAAUCCAAUUGCUCCCUUAUCGGUUGAGGAAUCCAAUCUUGAGCUAUAUAUAUAUAUAUAUAUAUGCACCGCACCGUUCGUUCGAACCAUCUGUGACCGGAAAGAACAGAUCCGACAUGUGGCCACUCAGAGACAGCCGCGUUCAGAGACGCACUAUAUAUAAAUACAUCAUAUGAUGUAUGAAAUGGAGGAGAAGAUAGUGGGUGGAUCACUAAGGCAUGAAGACAUUAUCUUUUGGGAAAUUACCAGUCUCACUAUGCCCGAUUCAGAAACCACCCAAGCCCCAAAGUGGGAUAACCAUUAACUUACACAAAGCCCCACUCUCCAUGGCUCUUCCAUUUUUUUUUUUUUUGUAACAAUGCCCACUUUGUCACCACCGUUAUAAAUACCCAUCGUUAUAUGGAAUAAACGAAUGACAAAGCCAUACACUACAACAGAGCAGUGACACAUGAAAGGCCUAACCUUGUACUUGUUCUUGUUCUUACACUGUCUCUUAACCGAAGCAGUGAAAUCUGGUGAUGGAGUUUACAUAGUCUACAUGGGAUCUGCAUCUCCUGCGACGGAAUCUAACAAAGCUCAGAUACUCAUAAACACCAUGUUUAAGAGGAGGGAAAACGCUGUGUUGCACGUGUACAAACACGGGUUCUCGGGUUUCGCGGCCCGUCUGACAGCGGAAGAGGCUGAGACCUUAGCCAAGAAACAGGGUGUUGUGUCUGUUUUCCCCGACCCGACCUUUCAGCUUCACACCACACGUUCUUGGGAUUUCCUCAAGUAUCAAACCGCGGUGAAGAUUGACUCGGGUCCACGUUCUUCCUCGGGCUCGGACUCCUCGUCUUAUGACAGCAUCAUCGGCAUUCUGGACACGGGGAUAUGGCCGGAAUCAGCGAGCUUCUACGACAAAGAGAUGGGUCCGAUCCCGUCUCGGUGGAAAGGGACGUGCGUGGAAGCGAAGGACUUCAACUCUUCUAACUGCAACAAGAAAAUCAUUGGAGCCAGAUUCUAUAAAGAUCCGGAAGAUGAGGACGGUGAUUACUAUACCUCGAGAGACGUGAUCGGCCACGGCUCUCACGUGGCGUCCACCGCGGCCGGAGCAGUCGUGGAGAACGCGUCCUACUAUGGGGUAGCCUCGGGAACAGCGAAAGGCGGAUUCCCGGCUGCAAGGAUCGCCAUGUACCGAGUCUGCACGCCCGAUGGAUGCGCCGGCUCCUCCAUUUUAGCUGCCUUCGACGACGCCAUUGCCGAUGGGGUCGAUAUACUUUCGCUGUCGCUCGGUGCUCCAUCAUGGGCUAAGAUCGAGCUGAACGCUGACCCUAUCGCCAUCGGAGCUUUUCAUGCGGUGGAGAAAGGGAUCAUGGUGAUAUGUUCCGCUGGUAACGACGGCCCGGGGGAAGGAACGGUCGUGAACUCCGCACCAUGGAUAUUGACCGUCGCAGCCACCACAAUCGACAGAGACUUCGAGUCCGACGUCGUGCUUGGAAGCAACAAAGUCAUCAAGGGUGAAGGUAUAAACUUCGCAGACAUAAGUAAAUCUCCUGAUCAUCCUCUGAUCCAUGGAAAAUCAGCAAAGAGCACUGAUGCUUCAGUAGAUUCAGCAAGGCGUUGCGAAUUUGGAACGCUUGAUGGAGAGACGGUGAAGGGGAAGAUCGUGGUGUGCGAGAACGCGGAUGGAACGACUUAUGCAACGAAUGCGAUGGAGGAGGUUAAAAGCAAAGGAGGUAUCGGUUGCGUUUUCGUGGACGACAGAACGAGGUCGGUUGCUAGCACUUACGGUACAUUUCCCACAACUGUCAUCAGUUCAAAGGAUGCGGAGGAACUCUUCUCCUAUCUCAACUCAACCAGGGAACCCAUUGCGACGAUUCACCCAACCGUAACAAUUGAGAAAUUCAAGCCUGCGCCUGCCGUUGCGUAUUUCUCUUCCAGAGGUCCUUCGGGUCUCACGAGAAACAUUCUCAAGCCCGAUAUUUCGGCACCAGGUGUUGCAAUACUCGCAGCGUGGACGGGGAACGACCCGAGUGUUACGUUGGAAGGAAAGCCGCCUCCUCAGUACAACGUGAUAUCGGGAACUUCAAUGGCGACUCCUCACGUCUCUGCUGUUGCGGCCAUGGUUAAGUCACAACGCCCGACAUGGAGCUCCUCUGCAAUCAGAUCAGCAAUUAUGACAACAGCAACUCAAACAAACAACGAUAAAGGCCUUAUAACGACUGAAACCGGAGCAGAAGCUAUGCCUUACGGCUAUGGAGCAGGAGAACUAAGCACAACAGCACCAUUGCAGCCAGGAUUGGUUUACGAGACUACUCCUAUCGACUACUUGAACUUCCUCUGCUACCAUGGAUACAACGUAACCAUAAUCAAGACGAUAGCAAAAGUGAUUCCAGAGAAUUUCACUUGCCCGAGUGAUUCCAAAGUAGACUUGAUCUCCAACAUCAAUUACCCGUCGAUCGCAAUCUCGAGUUUUAGAGGCAACGAGAGCAGGAGAUUGAGCAGGACAGUGACCAAUGUAGGGGGUGAUGGCGAGACCGUGUAUACAGCCAGCGUCGAAGCAACACCCAGUCUUAACAUUCAAGUGACACCAGAGAAACUUCGGUUCACGAAAGAUGGAGAGAAGUCGACGUACCAAGUGACAGUCUCUGCGGCCUCGGCCUCGUCUCCGCCUAAGAAAGAUGUGUUCAGCUCUAUUACUUGGUCGAACGGCAAGUACAAGGUCAGAAGUCCAAUAGUAGUGAGUAGUGAAAGUAGCAGCACCAGCUGAGUACCUGUAAACGUCCUUUGUAAUGAAUGUGAAAUUAAACAUAGAACAAAUAAGGUAAUGCAAGCUCAAGUAAAUCAAACUUAGUUAAACACGAAAUGAUUUCUGAUUCCGACGACUGUAAUAAGAUCAAAAGAUGGAGGCACAGAUAAUCUAAUAAAGGAAAGCCUCACUAGAACAAGAGUUAACAAA